GUUCAAAUUACUUGGUGAAGCUAGCUGGCAGAGUCGAUCUGAAAUCGAAGAAAUUUUAUGUAAGUUGGAAAAUUAUUUUUUUAAUUGUGUGUGAAAAAUGUUAGAAGUUUCCGUCGACUGCUGCACGGCCGCAUGCAAUGCCGGGAACAAAGAAUUCGAAAUUAAUUGACGUUUAUAUUUUGGCACACAUUCCUCAAAACUUGGAACUAUUUUCGACGUUUUGAAGGUGCUUCGUCCGACCGUCCGAACCAGACCUAUAUUAAGGGCUAAGGGGUGUAUGUCAUGAUCAGUUAAAGUGUUUUCCAUGUGUAUGUUAUUGUAUACACAAGGUUUAAUAAACCCGAAUUACGGUCUGUUUGUCAGGAUUCAACUACAUGAAUUCAACUACUUUUCGAGCGAAGGUCACUAACUUCCUUCGUCGUCACUAACUUCCCUAUGGAAUUAUUUUUGUUUUGCCCAAGGCGGUCGGUCUGUGUUGAAAAAGCCAACGCCUUCGUCGCCGGGAAGUUAGACGACAAAGAGCCUUCGCUCGAAACGUCGAAUUGGCACUGUUGAAUCCCUCGUAAUCCGACAAUCUCACGGUUUAGUAAAUCCAUCAUUUACACGUUUUUAAAUCCUUAUCCUUUGCAUAUAUGACCAAUGAAUGAUAUUUUUAAUAUGCCAUACUUUGAGUCUUAGUUUUUAAUUAGGUUUUGACAAUUUUUACAAUUAGCAAUUAGGUUAUAUUUACUGUGUCGAAAGAGAGAAAUUAGACGAUAUGUCAUAUACAAACUGUUUGAAAAAAACUGAUGAGAUAAGCAUUUAGUUUAUAAUUGUUUUAGACUACAGCAAUAUGGCUCAUCAAGAAUGGAAGACCAAAUUCGACGACCAGUUCUGUGACCUGGAUGACCCGUGGAAUUUGGAAAUAGUAAGCAAUGUAGAGCAGGAAAGCGGAUGGCUAAAAAUGCAACGUAAGGGAAUGGCAAGGUUUGAAUGCAGCACGUGCAGCAAUAAAUGGACGUCCGUUAACGGUGGAGCAAUAUUUCGCUAUCGUCUUCCUCCUUCCCAAAAUGAACGACGUGGUAACGUGAAGCUGUUUCUAGGAGGACAAAAGUGCAAGAAUUGCGACAACGUAUUUGAAACAGCAAACUGGGAGGAUUCAGACGUAGAACGUGUGAUCACAGAACUGCUGAAUAAAGUGCAGCAAAAGUUCUAUGGUGAAAUUGAUGUUCCCAUCACCAGUGCAACUGCAGAGAACAGAUAUAUCCCGGCAGAUAUGUCUGCCCCGCAUCAAACGAAUCUUUGUCAGUUGUGUGAGCAGGGAGUGUGCCAAUAUAGUCAACAAAAUGAUAUCGACAGCAUCGCAAGUGACUUGGAACACUUCCGACUCUGACGACUAUACGAGGACAACGAGAAAAUGCAUCGGAGUCAGAUUGAUUUUUAACAUUUCACUCUUUGGGAUUUAAACAUUCGUUUAUUAUUAACACAUGCACAAUGCGAAGGCAAUGCAUGCAUGCUCUAGAAAUAAUGCUACUCACUAAUUUCAAAUCUAUAUUAGGGGCUGUUUAUAUGGUCCCGCUUACCCGGGAUUCAAUGAAGUGUGACGUAUUUUGAGCAAUUGAAAUAAGUCUUACUUUAUGAUCUAACAAAACUGCUCGUUACACAUUGUAUGAAAUUCCACGUUUUAGACAAAAAAACAAAUGUUGUUGAAUGCUAUUAAUCGUCUUCUUCCACUACAUAACUUCUAGCGCGUUCCUAAUUUCGUUUACACAAUAUUUAUAAAGUUAUCUAACUUUUGUUUAGAGUUGAAACACGUAUUUCAGUUGCUCUAAAUACGCCAGACUUCAUUGAAUCCCGGGUAAGCGGGACCAUAUACCAUAUAACUUUAAUUUAAAAUUAAAGCCAGGAUAUUUUGUUGUUAAGAAGAGAAAUACUGCAUGUAUUUGCAAAGGCCUGAUUCCACGACGGCAAAAUUCUUCGCGAGAAAUUGUGUCUGCGAAAUAUGGAUGGUUGCACACAUGAGCGACUCCACAACCUCGUACGCAGGGUCGACUUGUGGAGAAAAAACCCUGGUAGACGCUGGUCACGUGAUCUGCUAAAAUCUAGCAGAUUUCUAAUGAACUAUCUUUGAUUCAUACAAGAAGCAAAUUAUAAACUAAACUAUAAAAAUUACCCAAAUAUCAAAUAUUUAUUGACCUCAUCUUGGAUUUCUAAUUAAAAAUCUGCUAGAUUUUAGCAGAUCACGUGACCAGCGUCUACC